AUGUCUUUUUUGCAAAAAAUCGGAAAACACUUCAAGUUCUACACCAAGGGCUUUGUUGCCCUUUGCACCCUGAUGGUCAGCGCAUCGUACGGUGUCCUCUGCUCAGUGUUUCUCUCGUUGAUUGGCAAGCGCAAUCUUGCCCAGUGGAGCACCGCGCGCUUCUAUUACUACCUGUUUAGCACGGUUAUGCGCAUCACGAUAGAAAUCGAGGGUGAGGAAAAAUUGAGUGGUCUGCCUGCCAUUCUGAUCUCCAACCACCAAUCGGAGCUUGACGUGUUUAUGCUGGGCAGGAUAUUUCCCAAACGUUGUGUCGUGACAGCCAAGAAACAGCUUCAAUUGGUGCCAUUUUUGGGCUGGUUCAUGACUCUGUCGGGCACCUUUUUCCUGGACAGAUCUGACCGCGAAAAGGCCAUCCGUGUGCUCAACAAGGCUCUCGACGACCUCAAGGCCACUAGCGGCGGCCUAUUCAUGUUCCCGGAGGGCACCAGAUCGUACUCCUCGAGACCCACUCUGCUACCAUUCAAGAAAGGAGCCUUCCAUCUUGCGGUCCAGGCGCAGAUUCCGAUCAUUCCUCUUGUUGUUUCCAACACUUCCAACAUCUACAGUCUGAAAGAAAGAAACUUCAACACGGGAACAAUCAAGGUCAAGGUUCUUGAGCCGAUCAGCACCGAGGGGCUCACCAAGGACGACGUGAACAAGCUGGUGGAGGCCACUUACGCAAAGAUGGAGGAGGAGAUUCGCAAAGUUGGCAUGAGCGUGGUUGCCGGCGACGUUUCUGGCGAGUCUGAAGCGCUACUUUCCCAGGAAGUUCAAUAG